GGCGAUGAAGGACUGGGUCUGCGCCAGGUAAAGAGGGAGGGAAGGAGGGAAGGAGGGGAGUGGGCGGAGCCAGGCUGAAGGGAAGGAAGGAAGGAAGGAGGGAAAGAAGAAGGAGAGAGAGAAGGAGGGCGAUGGUGAGGAAGGAUGCUUCCCCGGGAGCCUCUGGCGUUGGCCAGGCUGAAGAUGCGCAAAGGAGUCAGCUUCGAUGGGGAAGGAGGAGAGGAAGAAGGAGGAGGAGGGCAGGAGCAGGACAGCUCCGUCUCCGAGGAUUUGGGCUGCCGGCGCGGAGAGUUCAGCCGAAAGCAUUAUGGAUCCGUGGAGCUGCUCAUUUCCAGCGAUGCCGACGGAGCGAUCCAAAGAGCGGGCCGGUUCCGGGUGGAGAAUGGCUCCAUUGACGAGAAUACGGAUUAUGCACCUGGAACUUGGCACCGGACGGAUGUACACUUGGAGAACCCCGAAUACCACACUAGGUGGUACUUCAAGUAUUUCCUAGGAAAAGUUCAUCAGAACUACGUCGGGACCGACGCAGAAAAGAACCCCUUCUUCCUCUCCGUCGUGCUCUCCGACCAAAACAACCAGCGGGUCCCGCAAUACCGUGCGAUCCUUUGGAGGAAAACAGGAACCCAGAAAAUAUGCCUCCCUUACAGCCCUACAAAGACAUUGUCUGUGAAAUCUAUUUUAAGUGCCAUGAACCUUGACAAGUUUGAGAAAGGGCCAAGGGAGAUCCUUCACCCGGAAAUCCAAAAGGAUUUAUUAGUCCUCGAAGAACAAGAGGGCUCGGUCAAUUUUAAGUUUGGAGUUCUUUAUGCCAAAGACGGACAGCUGACGGACGACGAGAUGUUCAGCAACGAAACCGGCAGCGAAAGCUUUCAGAAGUUGCUGACUCUUUUGGGGGAGGCCAUUGUGCUCAAGGGCUGGACGGGCUACAGAGGAGGGCUGGACACCAAAAACGACACCACCGGCCUCCACUCCAUGUACACGGUCUACCAGGGCCACGAGAUCAUGUUCCACGUCUCCACCAUGCUCCCCUAUUCCAAGGAGAACAAGCAGCAGGUGGAAAGGAAGCGGCACAUCGGGAACGACAUCGUCACCAUCGUGUUCCAGGAAGGAGAGGAGUCCUCGCCGGCGUUCAAGCCCUCCAUGAUCCGCUCGCACUUCACACAUAUUUUUGCCUUAGUGAGAUACAACAAGCAAAACGAUAGCUACAGGCUGAAGAUCUUUUCGGAAGAAAGCGUCCCUCUCUUUGGGCCUCCGCUUCCCUCUCCGCCGGUCUUUACGGACCACCAGGAAUUCAGGGAUUUUCUGCUGGUGAAAUUGAUCAACGGGGAGAAGGCCACCCUGGAGACCCCGACAUUUGCCCAGAAGCGGCAGCGCACCUUGGACAUGCUGAUCCGCUCCUUGUACCAGGACCUCAUGCCCGACAUGCACAAGAACAUGCUCAACAGGAGGUCCUUCAGUGACGUCUUGCCCGAGUCCCCGAAAUCGGCCCGGAAAAAAGAAGAGGCCCGCCAAGCCGAGUUUGUCCGUCUCGGCCAGGCCUACAAGCUCAAAAUGAUUGUCAGAGGUGAUGCCCCGGCCAUUUUGGCAACCGCCAGCCUUUGCAAGAAAGAGCCUUGGGAGUCCCAGUGUUUUUGCAGCAAUUUCCCGCACGACGUCUUCUGCGCCGAUUCCUGGGGGCAAUCGCUGCUCGUUUCUACAGAUGUCGGGGUCCUGCUCUUAGACGACGGACAGCCUUCGACUCCGGUGUUCGAUAAAACUUUGCAAGUGAGGCAGAUGCACAUCCUGGAGACCUUGGACCUUCUGAUCGCGAGAGCCGACAAAGGAAAGGACUCCCGGCUCCUGGUCUUCAGGCUCAGCGCCGUCCAGAAAGGCAUCGAAGGCAAGCAGAUCAAGAGCAAAUGCGACUGCAGGGAGAACAAGCUGGAGAAAACCAAAGGUUGCCAUUUGUACGCCAUCAACACCCACCACGGCAACGAGCUGCGGAUCGUGGCCGCCAUCCGGAACAAGCUGCUCCUCAUCACCCGGAAGUUCUGGCAAUGGGAAGGCCUCAGCAGCCCGCCCUCGACAUCCCCGCAGUCGGAGUCCCCCAUGGAGGAGUUCCAGUACAUCCGGGAGAUCUGCUUGUCCGACGUCCCGGCGGUCAUGGCGCUGGUGGACGGCCCCACGGGGGAGAACGACAACCUCAUCUGCGUCGCUUACCGGCACCAGUUCGACUUGGUCAACGAGAGCACCGGGGAGGCCUACCGCUUGCAUCACGUCGAAGCAAGCAGGGUUAAUUUUGUUGCAGCUAUUGAUGUGUACGAAGAUGGAGAGGCCGGCCUGCUCUUGUGCUAUAACUAUGUCUGCUAUUACCGCAAAGUGUGCCCCUUCAACGGGGGCUCGUUUCUGGUCCAGCCGUCGGCGUCGGACUUCCAUUUCAGCUGGAAUCAGGUCCCUUAUGCGAUCGUUUGCGCCUUCCCGUACAUCUUGGCCUUCACCACCGAUUCCAUCGAGAUCCGCUUAGUGGUGAACGGGAAUCUCGUCCACACAGCCGUGGUUCCUGCGCUUCAGCUGGUGGCCUCGCGGUCGGAUAUCUACUUCAGAGCGGCCUCCGCCGUGAGCGGACCGUCCGACGGCAGCUCCAAGGAGGCCAGUUCUCCCAGUUCUCCCCAGACGCCGUUGGUUCAGGAAAUCCCCGUUUUCUCUCCUUCCGCGGCGGAAGGCGAAGCGUUGUGCAGGAACAUCUACAAAAUCCCGCUCAGCAACCUGGUUGGCAGGAGCAUCGAGCGCCCGUUGAAGUCGCCUAUGGUCCCCAAAGUCAUCGCCGCCCCGACUUCUACUGCCAUCGGCAUCCCGGUGGCGCCGUCCCUCCCCAUGUCGCGCAUCGAGAUCAAAGAGAUUGCGAGCCGGACGCGCAAAGAACUACUCGGCCUCCUUGGGGAGUCUGCCUCGAAGACGGAAGGAGGGCAGAAACAGAAGAAAGUCCCUCCAAAACAGUCGGAACCCAAGCAGGGGACCCAAGUACGAUCAACAAGCAGUGACAGGAUCGCUGCAAGUUCCCUGGAGAGCGGAUCCGACGGCGGGCCCUUCUCGCCCAGUUCAGAGCCCGACUCCGGGCCCCAGGGCCAGAGCACCCCCCCUCCCGGGAGCCCCCCCUUCCAACUCGGGGCCUCAUUCGAGGACGAAGACGACAUCGACUUGAAAUGACGUCCGCAGGUUGCUCCUCUGCCUUCCUUCCCUUCCUUCCCCGUUCUCCUCUUUGGGACAAUCAUGCUUUGCUUUCUAGAGAAGACUCUGGGAGGGCUCGGCGUGUCGAAUCCUAUUAAUAUUGGAGUUGGGGAGGGGGAGCGGGGCAGGCGAUAUGUGGGUCAUCCAGGAGUAUUGCUGCCGUCCAGCAAAGGCUCCUCUUUGGCUCAAGUGCGUUUCAACCCAUCCCUGUUUGGAAUAACACCGCAAGAGAUGUGAGACCAGAGAAACGAACCGAAUGAUCUGAGAAAGGCGGAAAGGCCAUUGGAUGUCUCUGCGAUGCGCUGCACUGAUGUGCUUCAAGAAGCAAGAGGGACGUUGCCAAGGAGGAGACCAGAAGGUCCAAAGGAAUGGCCUGGCUUUAGGUGACAAGCGCUGCCAUUUCCUCCUCUCCUAGAUAUCCUUUCCGUUUGUUGAUGGUGGAUGGAUAUGUUGGAUAUCUUUGGAGAGGGGUUACAAUGGUACAGCUUUUAUUAAGACUCAACUAUAGGUUUUAUUAAGGUCCGACGAUGGGUUUUAUUAAGGUCCGACGAUGGGUUUUAUUAAGGUUUGACGAUGGGUUUUAUUAAGGCCUGAUGAUGGGUUUUAUUAAGGCCCGAUAUGGGUUUUAUUAAAGCCCGAUAUGGGUUUUAUUAAGGCCCGAUAUGGGUUUUAUUAAAGCCCGAUAUGGGUUUUAUUAAGGCUGAACUAUGGGUUUCAUUAAGUUUCAAUGAUGGAUUUUAUUAAGGUCCGACUAUGGGUUUUAUUAAGGCCAGUCAUGGGUUUUAUUAAGAUUCGAUCAUGGGUUUUAUUAAGGCCCAGCGAUGGGUUUUAUUAAGGUCCAAUUAUGAGUUUUAUUAAGGCCAAAUAAGGAUUUCGUUAAGGUUUGACGAUGGGUUUUAUUAAGGUUUGACGAUGGGUUUUACUAAGGCCAGAUACAGGCUUUAUUAAGAUCCGACUAUGGGUUUUGUUAAGGUCCGACGAUGGGUUUCAUCAAGGUGUGAUGAUGGCUUGUAUUAAGGUCUGCCUAUUAGUUUCGUUAAGGUCUGACUGUGUGUUUCAUGGAGAGGCCUUCCUAUGGGUUUUCUAAGAAGGAUCGAACCCAGUGCCGGACGAGACAAGACUCUGGUCCCUUUGACUCUUAACGUGGGUUUAAAGAAUAACUUUGCAAACACGCAGAUGCCCAACAACUGUUGGGCACCUUCUCUGUCGGUCACUCUGCCGACGAAUCAAAUUAAGGUAGCAUUCCAUUACAAUAACUAACUGUCUUUCUAUCGACUGUAGCAGAUCUCCAGUAGCAGUUUUCUUAAACCGAAGCCUUUUUCCUCCCCAAAUCCAUACUCAUUUCCCUCUGUUUGAAUGGCGCAGGUUGGUGUUAAUGGUUCCAAUGUUUCCUAAUCACUUUAGGCACACGGGGAUGUUUAUACAGCAAGGUCGUUGUGUUUCCCCAUUGCAUUUCCCCCAAAAAAGGUGCAUUAUUUACGUGGCUUUGGCCUAUUGAGCUUCCCUCUUCUUGGUCCUGUGACUGUUAAUCCACAGCUGGUCUCUCUUGAGCUAUUUUCCUUUCUCUCGCACUUUUUCCAUUUUUUUUUUUUGCCUUGAAUAGUUUCGUUAUCGGUGAAAAGCUGGCCCAGAAAGAGGGGAAGCUGAGGUGCUCUCUGUCUACUUGCAGGGAUUCCACACGUACCGACCGAUCGGUCACGCUAAGCCUCAAAGCCUCUUGCCCAUUUCCCCACGGAGUCAGGUUUUUCCACGUGACGUUUCAAAUGAUUGUAUUAUUAUAACUUCACAUAUCCAGGUCGCUUUACUUUUUCGAGCAGUUCUGUCUGCUUUUCUGGAUAUGCGCCUUGUAUUUAUGUUGUUGAAGGCUUUGACGGCCAGAAUCACUGGGUUGCUGUGAGUUGCUGUAUGGCUAUGUUCCAGAAGCAUUCUCUCCUGACGUUUCGCCCACAUCUGUGUAAGGCAUUCUCAGAGGUUGUGAGGUCUGUGCUGGAAGCUAGGCAAGUUGAGUUUGUAUAUCUGUGGAAUGAUGUCCAGGGUGGGGUAAAUACAAGGCGCAUCUCCGGAAAUCCACAAGCAUGUGAACAAGAUCUGAUGCAAACAUGCAUCCACCUCUACUGAGGUCUGAUUCAAACAUGCAUCCACCUCCACUGAGGUCUGAUGCAAACAUGCAUCCACCUCCACUGAGGUCUGAUGCAAACAUGCAUCCACCUCCACUGGGGUCUGAUUCAAACAUGCAUCCACCUCCACUGAGGUCUGAUGCAAACAUGCAUCCACCUCCACUGAGGUCUGAUGCAAACAUGCAUCCACCUCCACUGAGGUCUGAUUCAAACAUGCAUCCACCUCCACUGAGGUCUGAUGCAAACAUGCACCCACCUCCAGUUAGGUCUGAUGCAAACAUGCAUCCACCUCCACUGAGGUCUGAUUCAAACAUGCAUCCACCUCCACUGAGGACUGAUGCAAACAUGCAUCCACCUCCACUGAGGUCUGAUGCAAACAUGCACCCACCUCCACUGAGGCCUGAUGCAAACAUGCACCCACCUCCACUGAGGACUGAUGCAAACAUGCACCCACCUCCACUGAGGUCUGAUGCAAACAUGCAUCCACCUCCACUGAGGUCUGAUUCAAACAUGCAUCCACCUCCACUGAGGUCUGAUUCAAACAUGCAUCCACCUCCACUGAGGUCUGAUUCAAACAUGCACCCACCUCCACUGAGGUCUGAUUCAAACAUGCAUCCACCUCCACUGAGGUCUGAUUCAAACAUGCAUCCACCUCUACUGAGGUCUGAUUCAAACAUGCAUCCACCUCCACUGAGGACUGAUUCAAACAUGCAUCCACCUCUACUGAGGUCUGGUGCAAACAUGAGUCCACCUUCACUGAGGUGUUAAUCAGACGCUGAAUACAAAACGGAGUCCUGAGUCUGAACAUGCUCAGUACAAUCACAUGUCUAUAACCCCUUGCCUAGUUUCCAACAGACCUCACAACCUCUGAGGAUGCCUGCCACAGAUGUGGGCUUAACGUCAGGAGAGAAUGCAUCUGAAACAUGGCAGCCCAGAAAACUCACAGCAACCCACUAAGGGGAGUAUAUUUUCUUUGCUUCCUCUCCUUUUGUACUUGAAAUUUCGAAGAGAGAAAAAAGGGUCCCUUCGUCCGACGGCUACCGUUCCUAUGUUGACGGUGCUCAGAGUCUGUUGUAUUUUUUUCUGUGUUUGUAUUUUACUAUCCCGUCUUCCUUUUUGUUUACUAUCACCCGUAAAGGCCCCUCCAGUUUCUCCCUUGUAGGUUGGAUGCCGCUUCCCAGGUGCGGACGAGGCAUCGUUUGGCCUCUUUGGAGCCAGAUCCAAACAAUACGGAAAUCCCUUCGAAUUCACGACCCCACGUUGCAUGCCCGGCCUCACUGUCUCAUCCACAUUCCCCCCCACACACACGACGUCCCUGUUGCUUUUUCUAAAGGGGGGUUUGCUAUUUCCCGCAGGUACGACUUCCGAAUAUUUAUCGAGUCUCUAUCUCUUUCUCUUGCUGGAUGGAAGGCACUCUGAUGCUUUAUUGUUUGUACAAAACGGUUUGUUGUUGUUCUUUUCCUCCCUCGAAAAGCCCUCGAGCAGAACCCAGCGAGGCUCCGUCGCCAGGAGAGAAGGAAGGAGGCGAAACGCUCCAAAACCUCUCCGGGUUUUAGUCCGAAAUGGCCGUGUUCCCGAAGCAUUCUCUCCUGACGUUUCGCCCACAUCUAUGGCAGGCAUCCUCGGAGGUUGCGACGUCUGUCGGAAACUAGGCAAGUGAGGUUUAUAUAUCCAGGUUGGGAGAAAUGUUGCAGUUGGACACCUUGAAUGGCCUAGCAGCUCCAAAGCCUGGCUGCUUCCCUGCCUGGGGGAAUCCUUUGUUGGGAAGUGUUAGCUGGCCCUGAUUGUUUCAUGUCUGGACCUUCCAGAGAUACAUAAACCCCACCUGCUUAGAAUUCCAUUUUCUACAACGUAAAUACAGUAGAAUCUCACUUAUCCAACACUCGCUUAUCCACCAUUCUGGAUUAUCCAAUGCAUUUUUGUAGUCAAUGUUUUCAAUAUAUUUUGGUGCUAAAUUCAUAAAUACAGUAAUUACUACAUAGCAUUACUGUGUAUUGAACUACUUUUUCUGUCAAAUGUGUUGUAUAACAUGAUGUUUUGGUGCUUAAUUUGUAAAAUCAUAACCUAAUUUAACGUUUAAUAGGCUUUUGCUUAAUCUCUCCUUAUUAUCCAACAUAUUCGCUUAUCCAACAUUCUGCCGGCCCAUUUACGUUGGAUAAGCGAGACUCUACUGUACAUAUAUGCAUGCAGUCGUGCUUCAAGAGAUGGCAAUUGCAAGAAAUAGAGAUGCAUGCUCAAUGUAUUGGGUGGGGCGAAGAAGAGAAUAGAUGUUCUGUUUACUUUCCCAGAAAAAUAGAGAGAUAUUCAAUGUAUUUGGCCGGGGGGAGAAGAGAAUAGAUGUUCUAUUUAUUGUUCCAGAAUAUAUAUAUAUAUAUAUACACACACACACACACACACACACACACAGUAGAGUCUCACUUAUCCAACAUAAACCGGCCAGCAGAAUGUUGGAUAAGUGAAUAUGUUGGAUAACAGGGAGAGAUUAAGAAGAAGCCUAUUAAACAUCAAAUUAGGUUAUGAUUUUACAAAUUAAGCACCAAAACAUCAUGUUAUACAACAAAUUUGACAGAAAACAUAGUUCAAUACGCAGUAAUGUUAUGUAGUAAUUACUGUAUUUAUGAAUUUAGCACCAAAAUAUCACGAUGUAUUGAAAACAUUGACAACAAAAAUGGGUUGGAUAAUCCAGAACAUUGGAUAAGCGAAUGUUGGAUAAGUGAGACUCUACUGUGUAUAUAUAUGUGUGUGUGUAAGUGUGUGUAUGUAUUAGAGUCUCACUUAUCCAACACUCGCUUAUCCAAUGUUCUGGAUUAUCCAACACAUUUUUGUAGUUAAUGUUUUCAAUAUAUCGUGAUAUUUUGGUGCUAAAUUCGUAAAUACAGUAAUUACUACAUAGCAUUACUGCGUAUUGAACUACUUUUUCUGUCAAAUGUGUUGUAAAACAUGAUGUUUUGGUGCUUAAUUUGUAAAAUAAUAACCUAAUUUGAUGUUUAAUAGGCUUUUCCUUAAUGCCUCCUUAUUAUCCAACAUAUUCGCUUAUCCAACAUUCUGCCGGCCCGUUUAUGUUGGAUAAGUGAGACUCUACUGUAUAUAUCUAUAUGCUCAAUUUAUUUGGAGAGCAAAAAAGAGAAUAGACGUUCCAUGUACUAGAUAUGAAACAAUAUGUUCAGCUAACACCUCCCAACAAAGGAUCCCAUUGCUAUUGGCUACCUUGAUUAGCAUUGAAUGGCCCUGCAGCUUCAGAGCCUGGCUGCUUCCUGCCUGGGGGAAUCCUUUGUUGAGAGGCGUCAGCUGGCCCUGACUGAAUUGCCUUGCAGCUUCAAAGCCUGGCUGCUUCCUGCCUGGGGGAAUCCUUUGUUGGGAGGUGUCAGCCAGCCUUGACUGAAUGGCCUUGUAGCUUCAGAUCCUGGCUGCUUCCUGCGUAGGGAAAUCCUUGGUUGGGAGGCGUCAGCUGGCUUCGAAUCUGCAAGGCCAUUCAGUCAGGGCUAGAUCCCCAACAAAGGAUCCCCCUCCAGGCAGGAAGCAGCCAGGCUUUGAAGCUACAGGGCUAUUUCGAGUUCCCCUGUUUUGCUCUUUAAUUUGCUGUCCUGAUUUAAGAGUUUUUUUUAAUACCGGUAGCCAGAUUUGGCUCCUUCCUGUUGAAAUUGUCCACAUGCUUGUGGAUUUCAGUGGCUUCUCUGUGUAUUCCCCCAGCCAGGCUGGGAAGCAGCCAGGCUUUGAAGCUGCAAGGCUAUUCAAUGCUAAUCAAGCUGGCCAAUUGCAACAUUGCAAGACGAGAGUUCUUUCUCCCACCCUGGACAUCAUUCCAGUUAUAUAAACCCCACUUGCCUAGUUUCCAAGAGACCUCACAACCUCUGAGGAUGCCUGCCAUAGAUGUGGGCGAAACGUCAGGAGAGAAUGCUUCUGGAACAUGGCCUGGAAAACCUCUUUGCGCCUGACCCUUGCUGGAUUCUGCCCCUUGACUGUUAUCUAGUGGGGUUUUGUACUUUUCGAUGAUUCUGUACUGUCAGCCCGUGGCUUGCCCUUUUUGUGAGUCUCAAAAAGUUUCAAUUAUAUACCACCAAGUGUCUUAAACUCGAUUGUAUUUGCCAUUGUUUUUAAUGUAUUACACCUUUUUUUCUCUCCCUUAUUUUUUUUAGUGUUUUCAAAAAUGUAGCCUGUAAAAAGAACGAGAAUCAAGGUAUAUAUAUAUAUAUAAUGGCAAAAAAAAGUUCCAUAUAGACCACAGCUAUAAAAUGGACUGUAGGUUCUUUUUAACUUUGUUUUGAUUUCUUUCUUCCUUGAUAUGUAAUAAAUAUUUAUGACAAUU